AUGGCGCCUCGAAAACGUAAGGCUGACAAUGAUCAGCAGCAUAUUGGUCGUCCAAAACGACAUAGAAGUACUGGAGCAUCGACGGAAGUCCGCCAUACACGGGAAAUGACAACGAACGCACCUCGUAAGGCCGUCUUUGACACAGUCGAAUUGCUUGGAAACAUUCUCUCUCACUUAAUAGUAAAGACGCUCUUCGGCGUACAGCGAGUGUGUCAACAAUUCAGAACAGUCGUCCAAAAGUCUAGCCACUUCCAGGAAAGGAUGUUUCUCCAAAUACCCUCUACCCAAACUCCACCAGUCAAAUUAGCCUUGGUUCAUUAUCACCUCACAUCAAAGAGUCCCAAUCAGCGCACAGCAUUUUACAUUCCAGACGGAGUGGACUUCCCAAAGGACAUAGGGUGGUUGUUCACGAACCCUAACCACGCAAUUCUGGCUGCGAAGCUCAAUCCUUUGCUGGUUUCCGCCUUCCCUCCCCUUGACCUCUUGAACAGACUGCAGGGUGGCGAGACAAGACAGCUAGAUAUAGGCCGGCGUCCUCUCCGCGAGGUCGCCUCAUGGCAGCACACAAUCGUCUCAGACGUCGACUACGGGCCAACCACUUACUCGAGCGCGACCGUGUCCAUCAAGUGGUCGAUCCCCGGCCGAAAGCUCAUCAGUGGCCGAGUGACAAAGACGAUUCAUUGGUGGCACCGGCAUACGCUGGGCUGGAUGUUGCAGGAUGUGCUGCAAAGCCAUGCCACUUUUCAGUAUUGUUAUGGGAAGGAAUUUCGGGAACGCAAGGGAUGGGUCGAUGCGCAGAUUGGACGGCUUGAGAAGCAGGCUGGUCGGGAGGCUGUUCUCGAGAGCAUGGUGAUUAGUUUCAAGGGUGUUGUUGAGCUUAGUGAGGAGGAGGCGGCUGGGAUUGCGGAUUGGAGCCCGUCUGCACUUAGACAGAGUGUGUAG